UGAGAGGUUAUAAUUAUGUUGUUUGUGUGUAAAUAUCUCAAAUUUUAGAUUGUAUUAUGAUUACUUUUUAAAUUACAAGAAUUAAGUUAAAACUUUUAUCCUUAUACCUGUUGUCAUAAUGGAGAACAUUUCCAAACAACAUAUUGCUAAGUUAGUUCUAGGAUACCUCAAAGAUGAAAAGUGCAAGAAGGCAUUUCGUUAUUUAUUGGAGAGUUCACCUUAUUUAAGGGGAUAUUUGCGAAAAGUAAAGAAAGGAAAACCAAUUAGCACUCGGAUAUGUGGAUUGAAUUUGGUUGAUAUAAUAAAUGAAUAUUCAGUUAUUUACAGAAUUAUUCAAGAGAGAUUAGAAUCCACAAAUUACUUCAACAAAACCCAAGGUAAAAGUUCCUUGGAAGAGCAACUCAUCUAUUUAUUAAACAGAGUAGAAUACUCACCUUCAAGUAGUCCCUGCAGUUUCGCAACAAGGUCAUCUUCAGAGAAAGACUUUAGUUUUAUUCAUACAAGUGGAAAUAUUUGCAAUGACAGUUCACAUAGAGACAGUUCACAAAGGGAAGAUAAUAUAGUAGAUUGUGUGGAUAAUAUAGAAACAAGGGCGACACUCUCUAGCAGCUUGCCAGGAAAUGUAAAUAGAUCAACUGAAAGUGCUACCUCAACCGCUUCUACAAAGAGUGCAAGAUUGAGACACGAAGAUUUGGAAUUGGUAAUAGAGCUCGUUUCUCAGAAGUUAGCACAAAAUCGCGACUUUCACGAAAAACUCGCUGAAAAUAUCAAUAAAGAGUUAAUUUCUUUUUCUACAUCACCAUGUGAUGAGAAGCAAAACCCAUUAAAUCAAGAAAUGGACAAUGUCAUUAAAACAGUUCUUCAAAAGACUGAAGCCGAUCCACUUUUCCACAAACUUUUAACAGAUGUUUUAGAUUCAGUUGAAAUUCACAAUCUGGAAGACUCAUCGCAAAAUGAUUCUCUGGGUGAUAAUGGUGGACAAGAUGAACAGAGGACCAGUAGCCAAAGUCCAAACGAUCUCGUUAUAGCAUGUAGUGAUUCUGAUCAAAGUAAAAAAGAUGCAAGUUCUAAAGUCACAACGACAAAUUUUGAAAAACCCCUGGAAAUUCAAGCUCCUUCACAUUUCCUAAACACAAGUUUCACUAAUCUAACAAACUCAAACAUUCAGACGCAACAACUUUCAUCAGAAUACAUUUCUAACACUGUCUACAUCCCAGAAGUACCUUCGAGUAAUCAUUUAUCCAGAUCAUGUUAUGCAAAAGAUUCAUCCAUUUCUCACUUUAUUAAUGUUGCAUCUACUGUCCCAAAUUGUAUCACUAUUCCUACUCAACCUUUAGUAGUUCAUAACAGUCAAAAUCAAGGAUUAAUCAACACUAGUGGUUUAUUAAUGGUACAGCAGCAAAAUCAGAACCCAUCGAAGUCUUACCAAGUUAUAGGCGGAAAACCGCUAGUUAACAUUGCCCCUAAAUGGACUCCGUUAAAUGAACAGGAUAUCAUGUCAAUGCCUACAGUGUUUAUUUCAGAUAAUCAAUCCAUGAUACCAUCGAUUGUAGCAGGUCAAUCCCUACCUACAGCAGAAAUGGGUAGAGAAUCAUCAGCAAAAAAAGCUAAAAGAAAGAUUGCUCCAAAAACUAAUAAUAAUAUGCCUUCAUUGAUCAAUUCCCCUCACCUUAAAACACCUUUUGAACAGAAAAAAAUUAAAACUUUACUUCCUAAACCUUCUGUUGAUAAAGAUUCAAACACGCCACCAAAAAUAAACAUAACAAUUACUACAACUACCACCACAACCAGUUACGAUGAGCCUUACGACUCACGGUCGAUAGCCGGUCAAGUAAACGAUCCAAUCAUAACGACUCCGUUAAGUACGGAUGCAAAUUCUUGUAAGAAACCCACCCCAAAAAGUAACAGUUCCCACGUUCGUCAACUAGACUUUUCCACUCCCGAAAAACCAUAUUCCGAAGAUCAGGAAGACAAGAUAAAAGAAACUAAGGAAAUCAAUGAAGCUGUUGAAAAUGUUAAAACCAAAGAUAUUAGCUCGCGUACGAAAUCAUGGGAUGCGGACUUAAGAGCUCUUGUCGGAACUCCCAAGACACAAACAGAAAUACCAACCAAAACACCAGCUAAAAAACGUAAAAGGACAAACAGCACUACCAACAAUCAAUCCAAAUCUACCGACGAAAACCAGGCGAUUGCAGUCGGCAAAAAUAAAAAGAAAAAGCAAAGCUCUUCAUCAUCGUCAUCUUCUACUUGUUCACAAGAUGUUCAAGAAACUAAAAAACCUGCUGCAAGUGACUCGUUUUGCUCUGAAAAUGGAAUUAUUAAAACAGAUGUGGAAGCAGAGAAGCCAACUCCAGAAGAAACGAUAGUUGAAGUUCCCAUUCAAAAGAUCGAACAUACUGAGCCGAAAUCUAAGCAUAUCGUUGAAGAACAAGAAAAUGUUGGAGUGGGAAUAGAAUGUGUUGUGAUUAACCGUGACAUUAAACCUACAUAUAAAAGGAAAUGCAACAUUGACAAUUCCAAAAGGAAUAUGAUAGUCGAAAAAUUCGUACCUAGUUCCACAACUUCUUUCAACGGUAAAAAUGGUCCUGAUGUAAUAGACGACAUGUCUCCUACUUUAAUACUUUCUCCUACUAAACUUAACGCAAAUAAACGAUCGAUAGUAGAGAUUGACAAUAAAGGCGAUGAACUUUUGGAAACCCCUGAUGAAGUGCAUAUUUCAAAAACAGCUCCCAUACUCAAUGCUAAACGUAACAUUACCCCCAGCCUCGAAACGCCAUUUAAAAAGGGACAACCACCUCCAAAAACUCCUCAUUUCUUAAGUCCUGUUAAUACCUCUGAUACUCCGUUUACUAAAGUUCUUAAGGAACAACUUCAAGGACUUGAUUUAGCUUCUUUUCCCACUCCUAAAUUUCCGCUCACUCCCGAUUUUAGUGUUACUCCGUUGACUCACGAUCAGUCGCCAUAUUCACGAAGAUCAACUGAUUAUUCCACCUGCAGUUCAUAUUAUCAACCAUCGGACACAGAGCAAACCAAAUCAAUAGAACAGUUACUUAUUGAAGAAAGUAUAAGAUUGGAAAAUAAAUUAGAAACACCUACAAAAAAUAACGAAGAAAGUAAGAGUAUUGUCGCACAUUUCUCUCAUAACGACAUCAAUAAAAAAAGAAGUAAUUUCAAUAACAUAAUGACCGGGAAGAAAAAUUUGAGUUUAUUGAAAGAAGAAGAAAAAAAUCUUCAUUUGGAUCUGUCCUCUUCAGAAGAUAAUUGUAGUUUUGAUGACGAAAGUAGCAAAGGUUGGAUUGAUAACCAUACAAACGACACUGUGAUUCAAAAUAAAAUACCGUACUCAUUACGGUCACGUGGAACAGUGGCCGAGAUAAGAAAACAGGAAGAAAUUUCCAAAGGUGAAUCAAACAUUCACGACCCUACAAAAACGAAUGACAUUUCGAAUAAAUCGGCUGUGGAUUCAAAAAAUUUUAAUUUGUUGCAAUCUUUGGAAGAAAAGCGAAAAUCUGUAAUUGCAAAGCUGAAACAAGAUGACCUAAAAAGAGAAGAGGAGAAUCAAAAAUCGUUACAAAGAAAUAAAGCGAAAACAACGGGAAAUAAAAGCGUUUCAAAGAAGAAAGCAGGUGGUGAUAGUGCUCGAAAAAAUAAUUCUACUCAAAAGAAGCAAACCCAAUCUAAAAUCAACAUCGAAAACGUUCAUUCAAACUCGGAAGAACUUUCUAAAGUAGAAAAACCUAGUAAUAAACAGAAAAAGGUUCCACCUGCCAAUCCAAAAAUUAAAGGUGAAAAGUUAGUUGAGCCAAUAGAAAAUCUACCUUUUUCUUCAAAAAUGGAAUCAAAUUCGGACGAUCCUUUUAAGGUUCAAAUGCAUGCUGUAAAAACUCAAGCGAUGACUUCUACUUCAAAGGAUAAAGCCGGAACAGAAGACUCAAAAGAAGCAAAAAUUGAGAAUUCCACUGAUAAAAAUAAGAAUGAUACAACUAUUUCGUCAAAAGAUAAAGACGUGAACCUUGAUAAAAAACUAGAAGAAAAAGCUACUCUAGAAACUACCAAUGUAAAUACUGUAACUUUCACUGAUACUGAAAAAAUCGAUGAUACGUGUGAAGUCGAUAAGUCCAGUGAAAAAGCUACACAUCCUGCAAAAACUAAAAGUGAAGAAACUCCUGCAAAAACUAAAAUUGAAGAAACCAACUCAUUACCUGAAAAUGCACCAGAAAACUCUGGUGAUUUGUCUUCGAAACCUGUAUCAUCAAUUUCUGAAAUCAAAGAAACAACAGAUUCUCUAGGAAAUGACGAAAAGGUGUCUGUAAUACUCAAGGAAGCGUUACUGUCUAAUUCAAGAGGCAAAUAUAGAAAAGCUUCAAAUCCAGAAGAAGAUAUUCAAAAAGAAAGUUCUGAUAAAAACCUAAAACAAAAAAUUUUACUUCCUGUUGAAGACAAAGCUGAUUUUAUCGACUCAAAAUUAAAAAACAUAUCUACAGUUGAAAAAUCAGAUGAACCAGAUAAAAUUAUAGUUCAUAGUGACGUGAAAAUUUUCCUCGACAAAUUACCAGAUGGCUCUCUUAAAUUAAAAUCUCAGAUUCAAAACAAUACGAAAGAAGAAACCAAAAUCACACCACAUACCACAAACGAAUGUGACCAAAUUACGUCAACGUCUAGUAAACUUAAUAAGGUGGAGGCAAAGCUAAAGAAAUCCGAUGCUCCAAACAACCCACUGUUCAAAGAACUUCAACAAAAAAAUGCUGAAAAGCGUAGUUACAGAUAUUCACCAGUAGACGAAAUUGUUCUUCACUUAAGCUCCGAUGAUAGUUUUGGAAGCCUUCAAGAUAGCGCUUCUGUAACUGAUGGAAGAAGUGAAACAUUGCAACCAGUUGAAUUCACAAGCAGGCUUUUAGAACCAUUCGAACUUGUCCAAACACAACUUCACGAAUUUAAUUCCGAAAGUGAACGCUGUAAUCUGGAAGACCAACUGAGAAAAUUACACGAGGACAAUUCUGCUAACGACCCUGAAAUUCUUGUAAAGGAACUAAAAGAACGAGGAAUCCAUUUGAUGCCUGCAAAAUGUUCUAAAAGGAGCACUGUUGUUGGUAAUAGCAAAAACGACAAGUUACAUAAAACGAAAACCAAAACUAGUGCACAAACAGUUCCGCCAAAAGAAUUAAAUAAAAAAGGGGAAGCCAAAACUGAUAAAAGCAGUAAAAGUUCCCAAAUAGAAGCUAUGAUGAAAGAGAAAAAAAGAAAAGUGCUGGAAAGUACAUCACUGGAAGAGGGAGAAAUUCUAAGUGAUUUAAGUGAUACGGAAUUGGUUUCUGAAAGGCAAACAAAGAGUAAUAAAACUAAAAGUAGCCGAUCCUUAUCACAAAGGAAAGAUUUAAAAGUCGAAGUAAGUAGAUCAAGAGUUGAUGAAAAAAAACGAAAGAACUCGACUUCUUCUCGGGAUAGAGGAAAGAAGGAUACAACUAAGUCAUCAUUAACCAAAUCAAGCAAUAAAUCUGUCAAAAAAAUUAGGCCAUCUUCUACUAAAAUUGCAGUUGAAAAAUCUAUCUCUAAUAAUGUUCCAUCUUGUAAUGACAAACAGUCGACAUCCCAAAAGUCCAAUGUCGAAACAGAAUCGAAUAGUCAAUGUACUGAUAGAAAACCAUUAAUGAUAGAUCAAAAUAUUAGUACCAAGGGGGAUGAAAUCAAUGUUUCGCUACCGUUCGACACAAAAGUUUAUGAUACAGAAACCCUUCAUUUAGUCUAUGAUGAGUCUAAGCAGUCGCAUGGAAAUAAACAAUACAAUUUUGAAUUAUUAACAAAGAAAAUAUCUGCCAAUGUUUUCAUUGAAGAAAUAAACUGCGAAAUUGAAAAAGAAAUGAGUUUCACGUCUUUUACAAGUACACUGGACAUUCCUUCAACUCUAAAUGUUAACGUGCUUUUACCCCGUAAAAAAGCAAAAGUAGACAAAACCUGUGUCAGUUCGUUGGAUAAGCUUUACAAAAAAUUAGUAAAAAAUUCACCCGAGCACACAUCAUUUAAUUCUUCUCCCUUAGAUUCCUUAUAUUCUCCAUUCAAAACUGGAUUGUAUAAUCGAAAACCUGAAGUAACAGAGGAAUUCAAAAAAUCGAAAACUAGCAUAGAAGGGGAACAAAAAUUAACAAAAAAUAAAAACAGUGUUGAUAAAGUAAGCAAUAGAAAGAACCUUAAAAAUAAACCAGACGGUAGUGAAGCUAGAAGAUCAAAUUCGACGAAGAAAUCCGUAGAUAUACCAGAACUUCCUGAUGAUGAAAUUGAAGUGAUUGAUGGGGUUAUUUCUUUUAAUACUGCAGAGAAAGUGAGGACUCCUGAUCCAAACGAUGAACUUAUGAACUAUGCCAUCUGUGGCAGUGUCAGGAUUGAAAAUGACGAUACAGAACCCAGUGAUAAAAAACGGAAAGCAAGUGCAAAUGUAGACGAGACACAUGACGAGAAAAAAGUUCGGACUGAUAAUUGUCAAGAAUUACUUAAAAAAAUUGACGUGAACAGCUUUUUGAAAAAAGUUCACGGUAACGGUUGAAUGCGAAUGUAAAUAACAAUGUAAUUUUUUACAGUUACAAUUUGUUCUAAUUUUAUGGCAAUUCAUGAGUUUUUUUUAUUGUUAUUUAAUUAUAGUAUACAAUGUAUGAAUGAAUUUCUUGAGCUGUUAGUUUUACAUAAAAAUGGUAUUAAUUAAAAAAGGAAAUCGUUUUUAA